AUGGUCGUACUGCAGACCCGGCCCAUAGCGGCACAACAGAUGCAGCAGUGCAGACUAUGGAGUGAGAGAGGAGGGAGUCCCACUGGCAUUCUUCAACACCUUUGUUGCUCACUAGUGUUCAGAGAGCCAUCUGUAGAUCGGGAAGACAAAAAGACGCUCCUGAGCAUUGGUGUCACUCAACAGGGUUGUUCAAGGUCUGGUGUCAGUGGUGAAAUGGAGUUCUUGUCAGCAUGGAUUGUGUCUCCUUCAACUCUACCCUUUCUGUGUCUCAUUUCGGGCUUACAGGGCCAGCAGGCCUUCAGGUAUGAGCCCAAGAAUCUUACUAUGCGAAUGGGAGCCACAGUCGAGUUGAAGUGUGAAGUGCUGCGACCCUCAGGGACUGUGCAGUGGAUGAAAGAUGGCCUGGCAUUGGGACCAGAGAGGAGCCUGCCAGGCUUUCCACGCUACAGCAUGACUGGAAAACUCAAAGGCAAGUACAAUCUUAGGAUUGAAAAUGCCCAACUGGAGGAUGAAGCCAUGUAUGAAUGUCAAGCUGGCCCUUCAGAGACCAGUGAAGCUAUUAUCUCCAACACCGCCUUUGUCACAGUGCAAAUUCCGCCAUCUAAGCCAUACUUCAUCCUGGACAUGACAAAACCUUGGGUGGCAGGGAAGAAGUAUUCCAUCUCCUGUGUUGCCCCCGACGCAAAGCCUGAAGCCAAAAUUACACUGUUUAAAGAUGGAGUCGAACUGACAGAUGCACAGUCUUUCACCCUGUCUGGCUCAAAGGAUAAGCUUCUGAACACGCAUACUGAAGCAACGUUCACCCCUACGAGCUAUGACAAUGGACAGCCGUUGGCAUGUCAUGCCACAAAUGAAGCCACCUCCAAGCCUGUGGUGACCACGAUGACUAUGAACGUCUAUUUCCCACCAAAGCCUCCAGCAAUUGUAGGUCUGGAUGAAGAUAAAGUCAGAGCAGGGAGAACGCUUGUGUUGGAGUGCCAGUCUCAGAGCGGAAACCCUCUAGCAAGUCUCCAAUGGACCAAGAAUGGAGAGGUUAUAUCCUCAACCUGGGAAGAGGACACUGAGGCACACAAAUCCAGAAGUGUCCUCAAAACGAAGAUCAUCCCUGCCGACAACCAGGCGGAGUUUGGCUGUGAAAGCUUCAACAUGGUGUCCCUGUCGCCCGUGUCCGUCACCCACAAAAUAACUGUACUCUUUGAGCCUGCAGAGCUGACGCUGUCAGGUUCCUUUGAGGCCGUCGAGGGGAAGGAGUUGACUCUGACCUGCUACGCCACCUCCAGUAAUCCGCCCGUCGAUAUUCGCUGGUGGUUGGGGCACAAAGAGCUCAACAGCACUGCUGUGCAGUGGGAAGAGGGAGACUAUGGUGGGAUGACAGCCACAUCCAAUGUGACCCACCGGUUUUUUCGGAAUGAUAAUGGGCUGAAGAUCAGCUGUGAGGCAUUUAACAAGGACUUCUUCAAAGUCCAGGCUUCAAAAAUCACUGUUUAUUACCCCCCUCACAGGGUAUGGAUAGAUGCUCCCCACGAAGAUCUCCCCCUUCACUCAGGGGCCACAGUCUCUCUUGUCUGUCACUCCACCGGUGGGAAUCCCUCUGCAACCCUGACCUGGUUCAAGAACGGAAAGACAGUGAGUUCUGCACAGAGGCAGACCUCCUCUGGCAUGAGUGUAACUCGAGAACUCAUCCUGGUCCUGACAGCAAGUGAUAACAUGGCCACUUACCGCUGUGAUGCCACAAAUCAGGCAAAGAAGACCAUCUCUGCACGCACAAAGCUCUGGGUUUAUUUUACAGCAGUCAGCAUAAAGAUCACAGCCAAUCAGGAGGUGCUCCGACACGGUCAGGUGCUAAAGCUUCGGUGCCUGUCUGGAAGCAGUAACCCAAAGUCCAACAUCUCCUGGAGUCUGGGAACAUUCAGGUUGGAGGGAGUCGAGGAGGCAGCCACUAAGGAUCUAUUUGGUGGUGUUGCAGUAAGCAACACUUUAUCCCUGAAUCUAAGUUCACAGCACCACAACCAGCAGGUCAUUUGCCAUGCUUACAACCCGGCGUUGGCUGAGGGGGCCAAAACAUUUUAUCAACUCAACGUGCUUUACCCACCAGAAUUCAGCCCCGAACAACCAACAGAGGUCCAGGUGGUGGAGGAUGACAUUGCAACUAUCCCACUGCUGGUCUCAGCCAACCCAGAGGUGGUCUCCUGCACAUGGCUGCACCGCGGGGGGAUGCUGGUCAAAGAGGAGAGUCUGCACUACCACUGGUCAGAUGACCAUUCUCUGGUGAUUAGGAAUGCCACCAGGAGACAUGCUGGAGUUUACACUGUACAGUGUGAAAAUCCUGAAGGCGUCAACCAAAUCGCUAUCCGUCUGGAUGUUCUUUAUGCAGCCAGUGUCAAAGCAGAGAAAGACCCUGUGUUUGUUAAUCUGGGAGGAAUAGCAGACCUGAUCUGUGUGGCCGAUGCUAACCCCAUAAUACCUGACAUGUUCUCUUGGACAUGGCUGGGAGAGGAGGAGGUGGAGAUGGGAGAGGAGAUCCAGGAAGACAAAUCAAGCCUUCUGACCAUUCGUGAUGCGACUAGGGCUCAUGCUGGUCUUUACCAGUGCACAGCCAAUAAUGGCAUAGGACUUACUUCCUUUGUAGAUGUGCGGCUGGUGGUACAGUUCAAACCAGAGCUUCAGAAAGGGCCUCAGUGGAGAAAGGUAGCAAGCAGAGGGGAUGGCACGACCUGGGCUGAAUUGGUGUGUCAGGCAGAGGGCAUUCCUCGUGUCAACUUCUUUUGGGAAAAAAAGGGUGUGCUCAUGGAUUUGGCAAACCCCAGGUAUGAGGAGAAGACAGUGAGGGAAGGCUCCUACCACACCAGCACACUGCGUGUAGUCAAUGUGAGCGCAAUUCUGGACUAUGCAGUCUUCAGUUGCACAGCUCGCAACUCACUUGGGGAAGACAAGCUAGACAUCCAGCUCGUCAGCACAAAUCACCCAGAUCCUCCGUCAUCGUUUGGGGAAGUCAGCGUUAGCCACGAUUCUGUCACUCUAGAGUGGAUCCCUGGCUUCGAUGGCGGUUUGCCUCAGAGAUUCCGCAUAAGAUACCGUUGGGACCAGUCUGUCAGCUUCCAGUAUGUGGAUGUCUUCCCGCUUGAUGUAGCAACUUUCACUGUCACUGGUCUGCAGCCAGUCACCACCUACAAUUUCUCUGUCAAUGCUCUCAAUGAAAUUGGAGAGAGUGGAUAUGCUGAUAACAAUGCAGUACUGACCAUCACCACCAAGGAGAGGCCAGAGCAAAAGACGGACCUGACAGAUGUGGGUCCUCAGAGUGAAGGAGGACUGCAGGCCUAUGUGAUUGCACUACUUGCCGUGUUAUUUGGGCUCCUGCUGCUGCUGAAUUCUCUGGGCUUCUUUUUUACGCUGAAAUGGAGAAAGAGACGAGACCAGACAAUAGGCUCAGGGGUUACUGUGCUGGAUGGACAGAAGAAUAAAGAGGAUGGGUCAAGUCAACCAACCGAAGGGAACUCCAAUAAGUAUGAGAGUGGAGAAAAGAUCAACACUGCAGCCCAGCGUACCCUCCUCAUGGAGUCUGGAUCUGAAACAGACAGCAACAUCUAUGAAAACUCUUGUUAUUAUUACCCCACUGGUGACUAUAAGCCUUAUCUCAGCCCACACCCUGAGGAAAGACGUGGCCUUGGUGCGACUCACCUUCCCAUGAACUCUGAAAGCCAUUUGUAUGAAGAUGUAAGAGAUGGGGGAGAGUACCAGGACGUGGCGUCCUCCCUCCCUUUCCCACCAUUUUUUUCUGACUACAGGCGGAUUCAACAAAGGAAUGACAUGAGGUCACUGACCUAUGCGCAGGGUGUUGAAAAUGUGAAGCAAUUCAUGGAUGUUCAACUACCACAGAGGGAUUACAAUCUACCAUUUGAACUGCAGGGAGAGCUAGUCUGAACCGAGAACUGCAAACAUAUGUCCUCUUAUCUCAGCCCUGGUCAUAAAAUACUGUGCAUAUAUUCACUGCUGUAUGAAUUUUUAUUCUUCUUGAAUUAGAUCUCACAACUGACCUCUUUUGUUAAGAGGAAAAUAGUACAUAGAUAAUUUCAUAUUCUGGGUGUUUUUACUCCGUAUUGCAUAUAUGGUUAUGAGAUUAUCUAAUGUAUAGCCCAAAUUGACAAUUUGAGGCUGAAUUAAAGCCAGGAUGAAUGGCAGAAUGAUUUCAAAGAAUGAUGUGAAGGCUUGAAUAAUUUUUAGUGAUCAGGAAUGUCAAUACAC